GCUAGUCAGCCAGUUAAGGAACUUGUGUUCCGCAAGGAGAAUCAUGAGGGUUUUUACGUUGAAGGGGGAAGAUAGCGAGCGCUUGCUACACAGCGCUUUCGUGGGAAGAUGGCGACGGAUAAGCAGAAGCAUGAAGGCAGGGUGAAAAUUGGACAUUAUAUUCUAGGAGAUACUCUUGGAGUGGGAACAUUUGGGAAAGUAAAGGUUGGUCAGCAUGAAUUGACUCAACACCAAGUAGCUGUGAAGAUCUUGAACAGACAGAAGAUUCGCAGCCUUGAUGUUGUGGGAAAGAUUCGCAGAGAAAUUCAGAACUUAAAGCUCUUCAGACAUCCACAUAUUAUUAAACUGUAUCAGGUGAUAAGCACUCCAACAGAUAUCUUCAUGGUGAUGGAAUAUGUCUCUGGUGGAGAACUGUUUGACUAUAUCUGUAAAAAUGGGAAGCUGGAUGAGAAGGAGAGCAGGCGUCUGUUCCAGCAGAUUAUCUCUGCACUGGACUACUGCCACAGGCACAUGGUGGUGCACAGAGACCUCAAGCCAGAAAACGUUCUGCUGGACGCUCAGAUGAAUGCCAAGAUAGCCGACUUCGGCUUGUCCAACAUGAUGUCAGACGGGGAAUUUCUACGAACGAGCUGCGGCUCUCCAAACUACGCUGCCCCCGAGGUCAUCUCGGGAAGGUUAUACGCUGGUCCAGAGGUGGACAUUUGGAGCAGUGGCGUAAUCCUGUACGCCUUGCUGUGCGGGACGCUCCCCUUCGACGACGACCACGUGCCCACGCUGUUCAAGAAGAUCUGCGACGGCAUCUUUUACACUCCGCAGCACCUGAACCCCUCCGUGACCAGCCUCCUGAAGCGCAUGCUGCAGGUGGACCCCAUGAAGAGGGCCACCAUCAAGGACAUCCGAGAGGACGAAUGGUUCCAGCAGGACCUGUCCAAGUACCUCUUCCCAGACGAGUCGUCCCACAGCUCGGCCGUGAUCGACGACGAGGCCCUGAAGGAGGUGUGCGAGAAGUUUGAGUGCUCGGAAGACGAGGUCCUGACCUGCCUGUACGACCACAACCACCAGGACCCGCUGGCCGUGGCCUACCACCUCAUCAUCGACAACCGCCGCAUCAUGAACGAGGCCAAGGACUUCUACCUGGCCAGCAGCCCCCCGGAGGCCUUCCUGGACGAUCACCAUCAGCCCGCGGUCAAGCCCCACCCGGAGCGCGUGCCCUUCCUGGUGACCGAGGCGGCCCCCCGCCCACGCCACACGCUGGACGAGCUGAACCCCCAGAAGGCCAAGCACCCGGGCGUGCGCCGGGCCAAGUGGCACCUGGGCAUCCGCAGCCAGAGCCGGCCCAACGACAUCAUGACCGAGGUGUGCCGGGCCAUGAAGCAGCUGGGCUACGAGUGGAAGGUUGUGAAUCCGUAUUAUUUGCGUGUGCGGAGGAAGAAUCCAGUGACAGGGCUUCUGGCCAAGCUGAGCCUGCAGCUCUACCAGGUUGACAGCAGGACUUAUCUUCUGGACUUUCGUAGCAUUGAUGAUGAAACGUUGGAGUCAAAGUCGGGCACCGCCACCCCUAACCGCUCAGGCUCGUUCGGGAGCCACCGAGCGACCCCCAAGACGGAGGCCGUGGGAGAGGAAGCCAAGGCCGACGCCCCGGCCAAGGGUUCGGACGGCUCGCUGGCCUCCUCCCUGACCUCCUCCGUGGAUUCGGCCAGCGGGGACGCCGUCACCAGGGGGGGGAGCCACGCCAUCGAGUUCUUCGAGAUGUGCGCCAACCUCAUCAAAAUGCUCGCCCGAUAACCUUUCGGCGCCAGCCUUCUUUUCCCGCUGCGUUUCCAUAGCAAUAAGAGCGCGAGCGUUUCCCCCCCCCAGCUUGGCGUGUCCUGUUGCGGGCGGAGUCGCUGUUGCGGGCGCUGAUGGGGUUUUCGCCCUCCGUAACUGAGGGGACUCAGGGUGGGAAUGUUAUCGAAAUAACUGCCAAGCCACUUUAUAAUCACAACAAGCAUUUUUUCUGCCAUUGUCACCGUGGUUUAAAAAAAUAAGAAAAUGUGUAGAACACAUUCACAUUAUGUAUCCCAGCUUUUUUUUGUCACAUUCCUUCAUAUUUAAGAAAAUGGCAAGAUAUGCCCAUAUAACAAUAUAUAACUCCCGAUCCAAACACGCUUAUCCAAGUCACAGUGCAGGUGUUGUAUAAUGAGCAGCACAAACUAAAGGAAAUUCAAAUGGGACCAUUUUUGUCAAGGGGGUAUGAUAGUUACUGUAUUUAUACAGAUGAUUUUUAUCCCAGUUUUAUAUGUAAAUAAUAAUAAAAAACUAGAUCUAUUUAACCAAACUUUAUGUGGGGAUUUUAGAUUUUAUUAAAAAAUAAUUUAUUAUGUGUGUAGACUUUGAUUGUACCUUUUUUGCAGUUUCAUGGCAUACGAUUUCAUUCUGUUGAAUUUGCACUUCGUUUUCGUUAAACCCUGUGAGUUGUACUGUAUGUACGUUUAUUCCUGCAGUUGUGACUGUACAAGUGUGAUGCAGAGUUGAUCAUUAAUGGUCAGUUACGUGAGUGUAACUGGUCAACACACUGUUUUUAUUCUCUUUUUUUCAUGAGAAAAUGAAGCAACUUACAUGAGGCAGACCUGGUUGUGGAACGUGUUUAUCGUCAGUUUGGGACCAUUCAGCUUGACUGACUUGCCGAAAGAACAGAGAUUUACAUGUAAGGGUGGAUUUCAUUUGAUGAAAUUAAAAAUCCUGAAAGUAAGUAAGGAUUGGGAAGCCAUACUGCCUUUUUGUUGUUAAAUUUGUGCAAUUUUUUAAAUUUGGUUUAUUGUCCAUAGAAUAACCUCUUUAUUCCCAACUCUUGUUAUUGAGGAAUAGGCACUGGUUUAGACAAAAAUUAGAUUUAAAUAAAUUUUUACAUGAUUAACCAAAUCACUAAAGCCCUUAGAAUAUCAUAUCCCUUCAUUCUUAACCUUUUAUUGAAUUUUCAUGAAACUUCACAUCAUUUUAAAUGAUGAAGUUAAGAAAUUAAAAUGAAUAAAAUGAUGAAUUGGUGUUCGGUAAUUUUAAUGCAUGUACUGUACAUACGAUUAUGACAAUAUGGAGGGUUCUUUAAAGUUCUCUGUUUAUUAUUGCAUGUCAAACUGUCAUCUGUGCCAGUAUGUGCAUUUUAAUUGCAGUGUCUCCUUUUGGAGAGAUAAAUUAGGCUGUUACAUUAAGUUCACUCUGCUCACCCUGUAUAGCACAUGCUUCCAUUAUUCAUUCCUUGGGCAGAUAUUACUGUACAAUUCACCAAACGCAGUCUGCAUUUCUUGUAGAACCUAAAGAAUGUUCUCUGUUAAAUGUAUUUGAUUUAUAAUAUACUUAACUAUACAUUUUUUUAACCGCUGAUUGGGCUAUAGAAUCUGAAUGGUAGCAUUUUUGUGUAGCUUUCCAAGGGGAAGCCUUUGGUUUGUCAAGGGAAAAAAAGCGUUUUGAUUGUUUUGAUAUUCCCAAACUUAGCCUAAGAUAAGUUUUUAGAACAUUUUAUUGCGUUACGUAUGCAUACUUUGAUUUUUAGAAAUUAUACUACUUUCACUUUUUAUAACAUGUUUUCUAAUGAGCUUGGCUGGAAAAUAUAGGCAAGGAGGAUUUUCACUGAUUAUUUGUUUAAACUGGACUGUAUGUGUGACGCAGCAGAAUAGCACUUGAUAUGAUGGUUGUGGGUUUGAAUCACACUUGGGGAAACUGCUUUCCCCCAACUGUUUCCCUCCAGGGAGUUGCUCGAUUGCUUGAGUGCAGUUGAAUCAAUGGGAAAAGGAAUGUGUUUGAAAUUGUAAGCACUAAAAUGUAGGUAAAGGGGAAAAGUAUGGUAUAUCUGUACUUUUUCAGUGUCUUAAUGUGCCUACACAGAACUGCCUAAUAAACACAUCGUACCAAA